AUAUUAAUAGCAAGAUAUUCAGUAAAUAAAUAUAAGAAUUAUGAAAAAUUAUUUUUAUUAAAUUUUUUAGUAUUAUUAUUAAUAUUAUUUUUAACAUUUAGAAGCAUAAAUAUAUUUUUAUUUUAUUUAUUUUUUGAAUGUAGUUUAAUUCCUACAUUAUUAUUAAUUUUAGGAUGAGGUUAUCAACCUGAACGUUUACAAGCUGGUAUAUAUUUAUUAUUUUAUACUUUAUUAGUAUCUUUACCAAUAUUAGUUGCUAUUUUUUAUAUUUAUAAUAAUUAUAAUACAAUAAAUUUUUAUUUAAUUAAUAAUUAUAAUAUAAAUUAUAUAAUUUUAUAUUUUUCAUUAAUUUUAUCAUUUUUAGUUAAGAUACCUAUAUUUUUAGUACACUUAUGAUUACCAAAAGCCCAUGUAGAAGCACCUGUUGCAGGUUCUAUAAUUUUAGCUGGAAUUAUAUUAAAGUUAGGAGGUUAUGGGUUAUUACGAUUUUUCUUUUUUUUACAAAUUUUAGGAUUUAAAUAUAAUUAUUGAUUUAUUAGAAUUAGAUUAGUUGGAGGAGUUUUAACAAGAUUAAUUUGUUUACGACAAACUGAUUUAAAAGCAUUAAUUGCUUAUUCUUCUGUUGCUCAUAUAGGAAUUGUAUUAAGAGGUUUAAUAACAAUAACAUAUUGAGGAAUUUCUGGUUCAUAUACUUUAAUAAUUGCUCAUGGAUUAUGUUCAUCAGGUUUAUUUUGUUUAGCAAAUAUUACAUAUGAACGAUUAGGAAGACGAAGAUUAUUAAUUAAUAAGGGUUUAUUGAAUUUUAUACCUUCUAUAAGUUUAUGAUGAUUUUUAUUAUGUUCUGCUAAUAUAGCUGCUCCUCCAACUUUAAAUUUAUUAGGAGAAAUUUCUUUAUUAAAUAGAAUUGUAAGUUGAUCAAUAUUAACAAUAUUAUUAUUAAUUUUUACAUGUUUCUUUAGUGCUGCUUAUACUUUAUAUUUAUAUGCAUAUAGACAACAUGGAAAGUUAUAUUCAGGAAUUUAUUCUUUUAGAAUAGGAUUUAUUCGUGAAUAUUUAUUAUUAUUUUUACACUGAUUUCCUUUAAAUUUAUUAAUAUUAAAAUCUGAAAUAAGUUUAUUGUGAUUAUAA